GAUUGGUUGGCGAUGACUUCCUCUCCUCCCCCCCUUUUUCCCCUCUUCACCUUCUUUUAAUCAUCCAUCCUCAUUCACCCCAUCCAUCUACUACAUCACCCGCCCAGUCUUAUCUCUCCAUCUCCCAUCUUCCUGCAGUCUCUAUCUGUCUCUCGUCUCUGCUCUGGUCCUGCCAGGAAGAUGAUGGUGACGGUGAUGGUUUGACAAUGAGCCUGGCCAAUGAUCAAACAUGACGGGAGGAUCAGGGGGUGUGUCCACUGUCUAGCUUGGGGCUGAUUCAGGAGUCGGAGAAGGAAGAAGGAGAAAAACAGGGAGGUGGAGGAGACGGAGAACAUAUACCGGCUUAAAAAGGGGGGAAGGAGGAGGAGGAGGGAGGAGGAGGAGGGAGGGUGGAGGCUGUCACGGCUCCACGGGGGCUCAAUCUGUGCUGUCAUGGACAAAUAUCGACCAAAGAGGCCCACCACGCUAGCUCUUAUGCCACAACGACCACAAGCCGGCACCCAGGACACGAUUAACAACAAUUCUUUAGGGAAAAAGGAUAGCUGGAAGGAUUCUCGAUCUUCUUCCCCACACAUUACAGGGGAUCAAACACGACCCGAUAGCCAAUCAAAAGCAGAGGACAAAGUCCGACCCCGCACCCGCCGCCCAGCCCCUCAACCUCCGACUGUCAAUGGGGCAAACGGCAGAGCCGGCACUCAAGCUGCAGCCGGCGACACACGGGCUCGACCGCGAGAAAAACAGCCGCAAGGAGCUACUACGCACACUCAGUCCUUUAGCAUGCCUAGGAGCCAACGGAGAGGGGCAGCAGCGGGAGCAGGAAGAGGAAGAGGGCUAGGGAGAGGAACAGGCGCAAUGAGGGAGAGGAGCUUGGGGGACAUCCGAGGGAAGGACGGAGUGACAUCAGGGAGGGAAGAACGAAGAGGUGGAAGACUGUGUGAUGAAUCCAAGGGGAAGGAGAAAGAGAAAACAAUCAAUCAAAGGGCAAAAGAAUCAAAUGGACUUAAAAGCUCAGGCUCAGAUGGGAGGGCAAAACAAUAUUCCAGAAAGGAUCAUCCGAGUGGAAGAAGGGGGAAGCCCAACAACUCACUUCCUAACCAAGUUUACCUGACAGCCAUGGUAGUCCCACGCACACCUGUAGCACCAAGAAAAGAGGACAAGACCCAGGUCCAAGGCCAAAACCAUGACAGGAAAAGUCAGAAUUCCACUGUUCGUUCCCAGUCGAGCAGUGAGGGGGCAUCCAACAGAAUGUCCCUUAGCUCAGACACUGAGGGACCUCCAGUAGAACCCCAGCAUCCUCCUUUAUCCCAUCCUGCAAACCCUGACAUCCGUGAAGAGGAAGGGGAAGGAACAUAUUGCACCUGUAAACUCCAUCAAAGUACCAAAUCCUGCCUAGAAAGUGAUGCAAAAUCAGAGAAGACACAAUUAAAAGUGAAGCCAGUGCAUGGAAAGGAUGAUGAUGCGACUGAAGCUGAGAGCACUAAAUCUGUCUCUCAGGCAGAUCUUGUACACGCACAAAAUGUACCAAUGAAUGAAGCAUCUGCAGCGUUAGACUGUGACUCUGUAAAAUACACUUUGCCGGUUGAUGAACACGCUCAACUGGAACUGGUUGGCGUCAAGGGCAGCUUGCACGGUAAGAGUGGAGACAAUGACGACAGUGAUGCUGAGACGGUCUAUCAGUCAGCCAAUGAGGAGGAAGACCCCGAGUAUAAGGAGGAGAUGAAAAGGAAAGAAGAGGAAGCGAGGAAUCAAGGUCGGAGGAAAGAAGAAGAACUGAAAAGAAAGGAGGAAGAGAAGAGAAAGAUGAAAGAAGAAGACCUGAGGAGGCGGCGGGAGGAGGAAGUGAAAAGGAGGAGAGAGGUGGUGGCGAGGGUCAGCAAGCACCCCAAAAUAAUGUCAACCAAAACAUCAGACCAAGAAGAGUCUAAUGGGGGCAGAGCAAGUGCUCCCAGAAGCAAGAAGUUCCUCAACCUGUUUUCUUCUGACAAGGAGUACAAUUCCACAGGUGCUGGCUCAUUUGGUGUGUUUUCUUGUGUGUUGGAUGGAGUGGAGCAACAACAGAGCCACAGAGCUGUGUACAGGUUUGUUCCUCGUCAUUCCGAUGAACUGUACCUGGAGACAGAUGACCCAGUCCUAAUUCUCAACCAGUCUGAAGAUCUGUGGUGUCAGGGUUAUAACAUGAGGACCGGCGCGACGGGAAUCUUCCCUGCUUUCUAUGCUGUCAGGCUAACCAAAAAUACCAACAAAGGACAAAAGGAUGGUUCCAUCGAGCAGUUCCUGGUGCGAUUCUUAGGUUCUGUUCAAGUCCCCAUUUACAAAGGCAGUGAUGUGCUGUGUGCUGCAAUGCGCAAGGUUGCAUACAACAGGCGAUUAGCAGGGCAGCCUCCCUCGGCCUGUGUGGUGGAGGUCAGUGUGAGAGGUGUGAAAAUCAGUGUCCAGGACCAAUGUCACUCUGCUCACAGGGGAGACCAGUGUUUCCAUUUCUUCCAUUUGAAGAAUAUCUCGUUCUGUGGCUGCCAUCCAAAACACAACAAGUACUUUGGUUUCAUCAGCAAACAUCCUGACCAACAACGCUUUGCCUGUCAUGUAAUGAUGGCAGACACAACUUUACAUCCUCUGGCCAAGUCAGUAGGGAAGGCCUUCCAUCAGUAUUACAAGGAACACAUUGGAUAUUCUUGUCCCACUGAAGACAUCUUCAUUGAAUAACACAUCUGUUUUGCUUCAAGCAACAGCUCUACGAGGGACUUUGAACAGAAGAAGCCUUUCAGAAAACAGUGGAAGCAGGUUUGGCUCCAAAGGAGAAGUCCGGUUGCCUCGGAGGCAGGCUGGGUGAGAGAUUUAGACCACACACUGGACCACCUCUUUAUUUAUGUGAGACUGCUUGCAUGUUUGAUUUCCUUCCUGUCUGCAUCCACGUACAGGCAACUACUCUCGCCUGUAGCUACACUAUGUCACUUAGAGAUGUCUAGAUGGAAGGAAAAGUUGGACCACAUGUGAACAAUCCACAAUUUUAACAUACGGUUUCAUACAUCCCGGUCAUCGAGCGCCGCUAUCUUGCAUAUUUGAGAUGUUUUCCUCCUCCAACACACCUGAUUCAAAAGUUCGUUAUAGGGCUACUGCAGAAAUUGCCGUUGAGCUGAUCAUUUGAACUCAUCGGUCCUGUAGGAGGAGGGAAACAUUGAACAUAUGCAUGAUAGCGGCACUUGAUGAAUGGAGUUAGACACCCCUGCCUUAGGGUAUGUAAACUUAUGAGCACAUCAGUAUGAAUAAAUAUGAGUUACAGCCACAAUAAAAGUUUUUGGGAGCCAUCUUCAACGAACCAGUUACCUGCACAUCCAUAUUGACAUGUCUAUGUCCUUGUAAUGCACUCGAACAAAAGUAUAUGGUCCUUUUGUUCCCAUAUUCAAUGUUUUUUUUUUAGAUAAUACAUUUUGCUUUGCUGUAAUAGAUUAUUCAAAGCAGAGUCGAUCUUUGCUCAAAAAGUGGUGAAAUUGCAAUUUUAGAUAUGAAUGAAAGGGGCAUGAAGUGGGCAUCAAUCCUCAGCCAGGUAGAUGCGUUGCUUUUCUAUAUUGUUUUGAGUAAAAGUCAACAGCUUGAACUAAAAGUCAAAAUCCUCGUGCCUCUCUCCUGUCAUUAAAUUGUGUUCUUCACGGACUCAGCACAGCAAACAAGGGCUUCCGAUUGACAACCUCGAGUUGCUGUUUUAAAAGUUAGAACCAUAAAGUAGUGCAUCAUUAAGUAAUGACCCUACUUGUUUCUUUGCACAGACUGUAAAGAGAGCGUUGAAAAAGAAUAUAUAGAAAAAUAUACAUUUUUCAUAUAACCCCAUGACAAUCUACUGUUGUCCAACUGUUCCCAGAUAACUUUUUUUUUUCCACCACCACAAAAGCAGUAUUCCCAACUAGGGGUUGCACAAAUUCAGAUUCACGCAGAGAUACACAAAAGCAUUGAUGUGCGCUGGGACAAUCCUCGAAAGCUGUCCUGUUUUUGGGCCUAUCAUAGCAACCGGUUGUGCAUGGUGGGAACUUGCCAUGUUUGCAAUAAUGAUGGACCUCUUCCUGUGGUGAAAUAAUUUCCCACUCUCUUUUCCCAAUGAUAAAAAAAUGUUCAAACAUCUACUUGAGCUUGUUUUUUUUCCACCUUCACUGGUUCUCACUAAACAAAAGCCACACGUUCAGAAAUCCAAGACAAUUUUAAUCAAUGAAGGUACAAGACUGAUCUAAUUCAUUUUUUUUACUGCAAGCUAUUAACAUAUGAUGAGCAACCCGUCGACGAUAUGCUCUAAACCAGUGAAGGGCAACUCAAAUACUGGGGUGUUCCACCAUUUUUGAUCAGUGCGAACCAGGGGGGGCCACACAGGACCAUACGCUUCCUAACCAGAUGUAAGAUCAAAAUGCCCUUUUAAUAAAUAUGGACAAAAUCCAUGUGUAAGUACAAACUAUAAAAAAACUAACAACAAAGGGUUUGAAGCAAACAACAGAAUAACCACAUACUGUGAUUUGUUUUUCCCCCGCGCAAAAGGGCUCUCUUGUAUAAAAAUGACCACUCAAGGACAGCACAAAGCUGUUGAACAGCAAACCAACUCAUUUUGUGCAUUUGUUUUCCCACAACAAAAAUAAACUGACUCAAAAUGUUAAUAUUAUUGUGAUACUGUGUUUGUCCUGCAUAUAAUUCCAAAUCUGCAAAAACUAACUCACGUUAUACUAUUGGGCAGUAUAAGACCCAGUGUAAAGCGUAAUUAAGGCAUGUCUCAUUUCGCUGUGACCGGUGAUGUAACAACUUCACGGGCACCGCUCCAGGAUUUUUUCCUUCCUCGGGGCUAAAAGGAGGCUUGACUGAUACAGAUGGGGGGGGGGGGGGGGGGGGGAAUAAUUCAUAAAUAUGUUUUAGAAUAUCAAAUAAAAUGCCACAGGGUCUUAGGUGGGGCUGCACAGAUUUCUGAUGGGGCUAUAGCACCCCCUAGCCCGCGCGUAGCGUCAAAUCUGCAUCUUAAACACUACAGUGCAGUGGACCUCUGCAACCUCGCAGAUUUACAUUCUUUUUUAUUUUUCAUUUCAUGUAUAUAUGUGGUAUUUUCCUGCCCCCCCCCCCCACACAUUUCCAAGUGAAAAAUAUAUACUGAAUGUGAAUCAGGGUUUUAAAGAUGUAUUUGGGUUAGUAAAAUCUAUUUCACCACCACUUAUUGGGGGCGGGGCUUAAUCAAGGGGCCACUCAAGAGUGUAGUUGGUGGCCGUCGUUGCCCAUCCCUAAAUUAUACUGUGGAGUAGUAAAGUCGACAAAUCGCGUUUUUUUCUGUACAGUUACAAGGCCCAGGUGUUCAAUGCAAUCUAGUGUAAUAUUCAACGCCGCAGCUUGUUGUCCUAUCAGUCAACAUCAUACUCAGCCAGGGGCACAGAUGAAUUUUGGAACAGGGCGGUGCGCGGACCAUGGUUAAUAUUAUAAAAUUAAUACAAAUAAAUAACCAUAGUGUUUCCGUGAGUACAAUGUAGCAAAUGGCACAAAUUCAGACUUGUAAGAUUCAUCUGCUUUGCUGAGUUGGAAAUCCAACUUCAAUCGGAGGAGUAAAAAAUUCCCACAUUCUUGUGUAACUUAAAUGCAUCGCUAGUUACUGUAUAGCACACGACGCUAUGCAGCAUUAAUGUCGUCGAUUUUACCAGAGAAUUUUGUCACUUUACGCAAGUGGAGCGGGACGGAUCGCGUUCAUCAUAAAUCUGUGCGGGACAUGUCGCCCCCUGUUCCCAAGGCCAUCUGCGCCCAUGCCCACAGCUCACAUAAUGUUAAAUUUGUUAUUUCCUGCUUAAAUCUGAUCGCACCAUGAGUGUGGCGCUCUGGAAUAAGGAUGAAAGCAUUGAUCUCAAUUGGAAAUGAACUUGUUUUCAAGAACCUCAGUGUAUGAAACGCAUCUGGCUUUCACACUCAGCUGAUCUGAACUGUGACUAAGAACAUAAGCUGCUAUACAACGUAUCAGAUUGAAGCAGGAAAUGUAUUUGAAGCGUUUGAUGCAAAAAGAGUGCCUAUUUAUUUUCUUACAUGGUUACUUCUGUUCUGUGUUUACUGUUGUCUUCAGAUGUGUACCGUAUUUGUCCAGCUUGAUAUCGAUUGAUUCGUUAACGCGGCUUAACGUGGUUAUUUAAGGUGGGGAAAAUGAGCGGUAAUAGUCAACAAACCUCAGGUUUAAAGAUCAACAUGGAAUUUUGAAGUCGAACAAUUAAAACAUGUCGGAAUAAAGUUACACAAUUGAUCAACUCCAAAUUUUAGGAGGGGGAAAACAUUCCAUGACAGAUAGUCCAGAUGCAGUGGAGGUAGUUUUGUCCACUCGGAAGUCUUCAUCUCUUCUAUUAAUAAUCUUAGGGAUCAACUGUACAUAAUUGCGAUCAAUAUAAAUACUGUAUGUUUGUAUAUAACAGCUAUACUGGAAGUGUGACCAAAAACAUGGGAGAAACACUGCAUGAGAUUGAUGUUGAAUGAUGCACAUGGUGGUGCUACUGAUGGUGGUUCAUUGGUUCUUGUCAAUAAAACACAUUCACAACUGCAGAAA